ACCCCCACCCCCACCCCCGAAACAGCUACCCUCAAAUUUUCUAUCUCUAUAUUUCUUUGUAUUUUCCUAUUUCGCUCUCUUUGAGCUCGAUCGGCAGAUUUCUUCUUUAUCCUUGUUACUUUUUUUGAAUCUGAUUUAAUUUCGGAGGAAUUUCAAUUUCCCGAUUUUUCAUCUGCUCUAAUCGACGAUUUCAGCCUUUCUGUCUGUCGAUUGUGUUCUUCGCUGAGCAAAUUAGGGUUUGUAUUUUUACGCUGAAUCAGGUUCUUUUGUCUAUCACUUUUUUCGAUUUAUUCUCUUUACACAUUCUUUUGCAAAACCCUAGCUUGUUAAGUUUUCCUAUUCUGUCAAAUAUUCAUUGAUUCCUUAUUAUUUGAUUUGUAUAGUAAAAAUUUUGAAAAAUAAAAAAGAAGUCAGGUGUUGUUUCGCUGAUUGAUUCUAUUGUAUUAUUCAGAUUUUUUGUUACAAGAAGCUCAGUGAGAUUUUAGGUGCGUUGUCUUUUAGUUUACCAUCCGAAAUUGAGGGUUUCCUUGUUGAAUCUAAUAAGCUUCGCGUCACCAAAAAAGAGAGAAAAAAGAAAAAACCAAAAAGAAGAAAAAGAAAUCCUACUUUUAGGUGUUUAGAGUAUUCCUUUUUAGCUGUUGUUAGAGUUGAUCUAAACCAUAAAUGGCGUUAAAUUUUUCGCAUAGGCCCAUAUUUCCGGCACAUAUAUCUGAGGAUAAUUUGGUAUCACCCAUGAGAAUUGUGAAUGGGUGUUUAGUCGAGGGUGUUCCGGAGAAUAAUGUGGAGAAUUUUCCUUGGUCGUGGCGUGUUUGUCGGGAACCGCAUGACGGGUUUGAAUAUGGUUAUGGGGGGAAAAGAGUAGACAAGUGUGAUUAUUCGGAGUCGGUAUCGGAGGAUAUCAUUGAUCUUCUCCCUGCUGAUCCAUUUGGGAUGGAUAUAAGCACCACUAUCACAGCCAUUACGGGUUGGCUUGAGGAUUUGGAAGUUGAUUAUGGAGGAUGUAGGAGAAACCAUGCCGGUCCAAGUAAUGAGGACUAUGGUUUAUUUGCCGGUUUUGAUUUUAUUUGGAACGAUUCUAUGAGGUUCCAAUCAUUCCCUAUUAAUCACGUUCAGUCUGAUGACAAACUGAAUAGAGGUGAUCCAGUGAAUUGGCUUAUUGGGGAGAGAGAUAUGAGGGACGCCUUGGCCCAUGUUGGUCUUGGCUCAGCUUGCAAUGUGGGGGACACUGCAGGCUUCAAUAAUGUAGGUUCAGUCAGUUUUCUUUCCCAGACCAUGAAAACAGGGUCUGGGGCGAUGUCUUGCUCUGGUGAAGAUGAAGGAGCCCCUCAUGAGGCUUUAUCUUUUGCUCUUGGUUACCUUGGAGUGAAGGAUCUUUUGACGGUAGAAAGUGUUUGCAGGUCCUUGUGGCUUACUGUAAAAAAUGAUCCUUUAUUAUGGAAAAGCAUUCACAUUGAAAAUCCAUUGACUGAGAUCAGCGAUGAUAUCCUCUUGCAAUUGACUAGCAGGGCUCAAGGUAACUUACAAUGCUUGAGUUUGUUAGAGUGCACCCGCAUCACAGAUGACGGUUUGAGGCGGGUACUUGACUCUAAUCCACAUUUGACAAAGUUAUUUGUUCCUGCAUGUACAAGACUCAGUAUUGAAGGCAUUGUAAAUAUGUUGAAGUCUUUUAACUGUCAAAGAGGUAAAAUGGGUAUAAAGAACCUGUGGAUUGGCGGUCUUUAUGGAGUGAUGCAUGAACAUUUUGAAGAGCUGGAGUUUCUUCUAGGUGCAGAUAGCCAGACGAGGCAAAAUGUUUACAAACCCCAUUUCUUUUCUCGAAGGAAUAUUUAUCGUUUGGUUGAUGACAGUCGGGCUAUUGAUGUUCAACUUUGCCCGAUAUGUAAAAAAGUAAGGUUGGUCUAUGAUUGUCCUGCAGAGGGUUGCCAAGUGAAAGAUGAAGCUACUAAAGAAUGUAGGGCCUGCUCACUUUGCAUCUUACGGUGUAGUGAAUGUGGGAGAUGUAUAAAUAACACUGAAUAUGUGGAGACUUUUUGUUUGGAAUUGCUUUGUUCUGAUUGCUCUAAGCAGCCUUUGGAGUGCAAAGAUGAGCAGAAGUGCAGCCUUUGAAGUGCCAAGAUGAGCAGGAUGGAGGGAGGGAGUGAGGGGCUGGUUCCUGUGAAGGAGAUCGAAGUGUGACUGCCGAGGAGUAAAUCUAUGUGCUAUCUACUUGUUUAAUUGGAUAAAAAAUUUUAAGCUGCCAAUUGACUGCUAUCAGUUUGUGCCAGACUUUCCGAAAACAGUUGAAUUUGUUUUGUUUGUU